CUUUAUACAGAAAAGUUACGCAAGACUGGUUCUUCUAGGUAAAAAUAAAUCAUGUUUUAAAAUAAAAUGACCAAGCAAAUUUAACAUGUGGGAUGUGUAUAUCCGGGAAGAACAAAACUGCAAAAUUUCAAAGAAAUGUCAAGUGAAUGUAUUUUGGUGACAGGAGGAGCCGGCUUUGUAGGCAGCCAUUCUGUAAUAGAACUAAUCAACGCCGGAUAUUCUGUUGUUGUUGUAGACAAUUUUGUAAAUGCUAAUCAUGAAACUAUGAUGAGAAUAGGAGAAAUAUGUGGAACAAAAAUAACAAAUUACAGUAUAGAUUUAACGAAUAAAUCUGCUCUACACGAUUUAUUUAGUAAGCAUAAAUUCACAAGUGUGAUACACACGGCCGGACUUAAGGUUAUAGGAGAAUCUUGUGAUGUACCAUUACUGUACUACCGAGUAAAUGUUUGUGGGACUAUAAACUUGAUAGAGGUAAUGAAAGAGCACAAUGUUAAAAACCUAAUAUUUUCAAGUUCAGCAUCUGUUUAUGGUCCUCCCGAAUAUUUACCUUUGGAUGAGAAUCACCGCACUGGACGAGGUGUUAAACCGUACGGUAAAACAAAGCAAUGUAUGGAAGAACUGUUUAAAGAUUUAUGCAAGGCAGAACAAGGCUGGAACAUAAUCAUUCUACGUUACUUUAAUGUAGCGGGUGCCCAUCAGUCUGGUAAGAUUGGUGACAAUACACAGGGUCCACCUGCAUACUUAAUAUCAUACUGUGCACAGGUAGCGGCUGGAAAAAGAUCGGAAGUUGUCAUAUAUGGAAAUGAUUUUGAUACCCAUGAUGGCACGGGUGUCAGGGAUUACGUUCAUGUGGUGGAUCUUGCCUACGCACACGUAUUAGCACAAAAGCAGUUGGAGAAGGAAUGUGGUUUACGGAUAUACAACAUAGGAUCAGGCCAAUGUCAUUCUGUACUGGAUAUGAUAAAUGCUAUGAGUAAAUCAUCGGGUAAACAAGUGAAGUACAGAAUAGCAGAUCGUAGACCAGAGGAUAUAGGAUCUUUUUAUUGUAAACCAGAUUUAGCGUUGGAAGAGCUAGGUUGGAAAGCCACAAAAGGAUUAAAUGAAAUGUGUGAUGACUUAUGGCGAUGGCAAUCACGGAACACUGAUUCCUCCCCACUCAGUUGAUUAAAGUGUUUAUAUAAUAUAUCAAGGGGGCAUGCUUAGACAGCUUACAGUGGAAAGUGGUCCGUGACAUAUCAUCACACAUGUGAAUGCCGAGAGACAACGAAGAGUACAAUCGCUAAACGCUGUCCAAGAUACUGAUGUCUUUCGUUUCUAUAUUGAAAAUUUUAUAAUCUUGUUACUAGUAAGAGACAAUAAAUAGAAGCUUCAUUAAAGCGAUAUGUAACCUA